AUGUGGUGGUUGUUUCUGCAGGAUGUCAGGUACUACAGUGAGGAGAGCGAGGUGGAUCUGCGGGACCCCAUCAAGGACUACGAGCUCUACAGGGAGACCUGCCAGGAGCUCCAGAGGCUCAUGGCAGAGAUCCAGGAGCUGAAGAGCCGGGGGAUCAAGGAAAAUGCCUCGGAGAUCGACGAGCGGCGCGUCCAGAGCUGCGUCCACUUCAUGACCCUGAAGAAGCUGAACCGCCUGGCCCACAUCCGCCUCAAGAAAGGCAGGGACCAGACCCACGAGGCCAAGCAGAAGGUGGACGCGUAUCACCUGCAGCUCCAGAACCUGCUCUACGAGGUGAUGCACCUGCAGAAGGAGAUCACCAAGUGCCUGGAGUUCAAGUCCAAACACGAGGAGAUUGAGCUGGUGAGCCUGGAGGAGUUCUACAGAGAGGCCCCCCCUGAGAUCAGCCGCCCUGCCAUCACCCUGGCAGAGCCCCACCAGCAGACCCUGGCCCGGCUCGACUGGGAGCUGGAGCAGCGCAAGAGGCUGGCAGAGAAAUACAAGGAAUGCCUGACCAGCAAGGAGAAGAUCCUGAAGGAGAUUGAGGUGAAGAAGGAAUAUCUGAGCAGCCUCCAGCCCCGGCUCAACAGCAUCAUGCAGGCCUCCCUGCCUGUCCAGGAAUACCUGUUCAUGCCCUUCGACCAGGCCCACAAGCAGUACGAGACCGCCCGGCACCUCCCGCCGCCCCUCUACGUCCUCUUUGUCCAAGCCAGCGCCUACGGACAGGCCUGUGACAAGAAGCUGGUGGUGGCCAUCGAAGGGAGCGUGGAGGAGGCCAAGGCCCUGUACAAGCCCCCCGAGGACUCGCAGGACGACGAGAGCGACUCGGACGCGGAGGAGGAGCAGACCACGAAGCGGCGCAGGCCCACCCUGGGGGUGCAGCUGGACGACAAGCGCAAGGAGAUGCUGAAGAGACACCCCCUGUCUGUCACCAUCGACCUCAAGUGCAAAGAUGAGAACGUGCUGCACCUCACCUUCCACUACCUGAUGAACCUCAACGUCAUGACGGUGAAGGCCAAGGUCACCACGGCCAUGGAGAUGACCACGGCCAUCAGCGCUGGGGACCUGCUGUCCCCAGACUCCCUCCUCAACUGCCUCUACCCAGGAGACCACGGGAGGAAAACCCCCAACCCGGCCAACCAGUUCCAGUUUGACAAAGUGGGCAUCGUGACCUUGAGCGACUACGUGACAGAGCUGGGCCACCCCUACGUGUGGGUGCAGAAGCUGGGAGGCCUGCACUUCCCCAAGGACCAGCCUCAGGCAUGGCACACCCCCUCCCCUGUCCCCCACAGGGUGACCCCUGUUCCCUGCUCAGCCAAGCUCCAGGCCGCCGUGGUCCUGAAUCCUGGGUAUUCCACCCUCCCACCCGUCUUCAGCCUGUGCCUGAACUGGAAGGGGGAGCGGAACAGCAGCAACGACGACAACAUUCGGGCCAUGGAGAGCGAGGUCAACGUGCACUACAAGGAGCUGUGGGGGCCCAAACCGGGCUACCAGCUGCUCACCAACCAGCUGCAGCGCCUGUGCAUGGUGCUGGACGUGUACCUGGAGACGGAGCCCCACGAUCCCAGCGUGGAGGGGCCCAAGGAAUUCCCCCAGGAGAAGAUGUGUCUGCGCCUGGUCAGGGGUCCCCUGCGCCUGAAGCCCUUCAAGUUCAACUACCCCCAGGGGUUCUUCAGCCAUCGCUGAGCCCCCCCUGGGCAUCUCUCUGGGAUGGGCCUCGGCCCCUCUGCAGGAGGAGUGUCCCCAUCCCGCCAGUUUAGCUCCUUUUCCAAGAUUUUGGGGUUGGUUUUGUAGCCAAAGGGAUUAAACUGAAACAAAGGAGAA